CGUCACGUGACCGCCCGUACACAGAAGUCCUUCGAGCAGUUGAACCGAGUCAAGCUUUGGGAGUUAUUCUUUUUUAUUUAACUAUAAUUCUAUAAUGUUUUAUCCACUGGGGCUGGAUGAUACGAUAUAAUCCUAGGACCAUAGCGUGUGCCUUUCGAUUGAAAACUCGGAAUAAGAAUGAAAGUGAACGAUUUUACUUUACAAAUGACUUCUAACCAGUUGGCUUUCAUUCUGACAUGUACUUUAGUUCUGAACAGGAUGUCGGUGUGUGCUGGAGAAUCCCUGUGCACCCAAGCCCCAGAGUUUCAGUUGCCCAGUGGGGGGCAGUCCGAGGUGUGGGAGACCCUGGGUUCCAUUGUGGCUCUGAACUGUACAGCCGUGCUGUCCUGGAACCAGACGGACCAACUGUGUGACGCUACCUCCUGGACACCGCUCUGGAGCAAAGAUGGGACCCCUCUCAACCUCAGCCUUUACCCACAGAACACAUCCACCUGGACUCCCAGCCAAUCCCAAAUGAUUGUGAGCAGUGUGCUGCAGGUCCAUGUUAGAGAGCAGGUUGACUUUGGUCUCUACUCCUGUAAGGUGAGGAACACCUCCGCUGACUUCAGCCUGCAGAAUACCGCCCACCCCAGCCACACAGCAUCAGUGAUGGCAGCCAUCAGUCUCUUCUUGAUCCUGACUAUAGCUGCUGUUGUCUACUCCAGGUGUCGUCUCAAUAUCAAACUCUGGUACAGGAACUCCUAUGGAGACUAUGAGAUCAAUGAUGGGAAGCUGCAUGAUGCCUACUUCUCCUAUGUCAACAACGAAUACGACAGAAAGUUGGUCAACUUCAUCCUCAAACCUCACCUGGUGAACAAAUCUGGACAUAAGCUACACCUCAGUGACAACAACAUCCUACCUGGGGGUGAGCCGUCUGCUGAGUUCCUGAUGAACGUUAGUCACUGUCGACGCCUCAUCGUAGUGAUGUCACACGCCUACCUAGAACAGGACUGGUGCUGUAACAACUUUAGACAGGGCCUUCUGCACCUGCUGGAGCUGUCCCAGAGGCCCAUCAUCAUCAUCACAUUGGAGGGUCAGGUCAAACUCAUGAGACCCGAUGUGGUCCAGCAACUCAGAGAACACCAACACAAACUCACCUUGCUCACCUGGUCGGGAUCACACUCCAUGCCGCCGUCGUCAGUGUUCUGGAAACAGUUGGCCCUGGCCAUGCCUCAUAGGGUUGUGUUCCACAGCGACACGGCAGGGGACCCCCAGACCCUCUUCCAAGACGAUAAGGACCCCAUGCUCACCCUCAACCCAGACUACCUGGACUGUCGCCCUGACACUGACCCUGUAGGAGACCUGGGCCUUCGUCUCCCAGUCUACAAGGCACUGACAUCCAGAGCUCCUGUGCUGCCUAUGUUUCCCUCGGUCCCUGCAUCCCUGACUGAGCCCAAACACUCAGAUAUAGAUGUAUCGGACCUGGGAUCGCGCAAUUAUGGAGCUCGCAAUGACUUCUACUGCCUGGUUACAGAGGACAACGUCUGAGAAAGACUGUAGCUUCUGAAGAAAAAGCAGAACAAGAUCUCCAACUUCUACUGCCUGGUCACAGAGGACAACAUCUGAGAAAGACUGUAGCUUCUGAAGAAAAAGGAGAACAAGAUCUCCAACUUCUACUGCCUGGUCACAGAGGACAACGUCUGAGAAAGACUGUAGCUUCUGAAGAAAAAGGAGAACAAGAUCUCCAACUUCUACUCUCCAGAAGGAAAUGGCUCACUUCAAUCUGAAUGUAAAACAGGUUCUCUCACCAACACGCUCUACUACUUCACGGUGUAUGUUUCCAUAUUGAAGCAAGUGUUACAUUUAAAAAAAAUAUAUGAAUAAUUUAGUUCUUUCAA